UGGAUGGUUUCAUCUUAAUGUGGUUUGAUAUUCACAUUUUAUUUGUCUGUUUUGAGAUGAGGUUUGUAUGGAAUCUUCUUCAUUAGUUAUCUAAAACUUGUUUCAUAGUUUUUACCUUGAUGGGUUUGCUAAACUCUGCCCCGAAGUAGUCAUUUACAGAAUUUGAGAUAGCUUUAUUCUGAUUCAGUGUGCUUUUGUUUUUGAUUCUUCAGUUUCUUGGAGUUUGGAUUGAAUUUCUCACCUUUUUUUCAUCUCUUUAUGUAUAUUUUCUGUAUUGCAAUCUGUUUAGUAGAGCCUGCAAUCUAGUUUUCUUCCGCAUUUCUUGAUACCUUUAGUACUUUUCACUGUCUUUUCAGAAGGUGUAUAUGUUUAUGCAAGCAAGUUUUUCUCAGUUUCUGUUCUCUAGCAAAGAGUUGAGGUCACUACAUGGCAUUGCUAGGGUGAUAUUUUUAUUGUGCGCCUGCGCAUCCAGCAUCUUCUAUGAAGAAGAAAGUAGGGAACUGAUAAUGGAACAUAGAAGGAUACAUAAGACUUAAGACAGGCUUGGAUUUAUCGCAUCUUGAUGCUCGAAAACCAUUUAGUAUAAUUAUAGAAAAUUUUCAUGUGCCAAUUGGAAUUUUGUUUUUGUUGAUGUUGUGCUGCAGAGCCAAAUAAUAGCUUGAAGAUGGGGUCUUAUUCCAAUAAAAACAUGAUGCCUGAAACUGACAUUGGAUCAUCCGUUUCACCUUUUUCUUGGUUUUAUCAUUACAACCCCGCAUCCAAACCCAGCUUAAGUUCUAUGCAACGAUCUCAAAUACAUCAUGAACCUGGUCUUGUUGUUGCUCCCAUUCGUUCCAUUGCUCCUACACCUGAGUCAGGGAGCAACAAUGCUUUGGGGAGUAAAACCACAAAGGUGGGGAAACAGACGCCUUCUAUGAAGGGUUCUAAUCAAAUUGCAUCCAAGGUUCUGAGACCAAAGCAGCCCAAGAAGAAACCCUCUGUUCCUAAGAAGGCAAAGGGACUGAUCAUUACCGAAGCCAAACGUGAGAAGAAGAAUCUCAACAUAGAUCUUGAUGGAACAAACUUUGAUUUCUCUGGGGUGCCUUCCCCCAUUUGCUCUUGUACAGGUGUUGGAAGAGUGUGCUACAAGUGGGGUGCCGGUGGUUGGCAAUCCUCAUGUUGUACUAUUAAUGUAUCAGAAUAUCCUCUUCCCAUGAGUUCCACCAGGCCCGGUGUUCGCAUGGCUGGGAGAAAAAUGAGCAAUGGAGCAUAUUUGAAACUUCUUCUGAGACUUGCAGCUGAAGGUCAUGAUCUUUCUCAUCCUGUUGACUUGAAGGACCACUGGGCUAGGCAUGGUACAAACAAGUUUGUUACAAUCAAAUAGAGAUGCAGAUGGCUGGUGCUUGGGCAUAAUAAUAUAAUAGUUUCAAAUAUAUAUUACUCCUCCGUUUUCUAGUUUGAAUGUAGUUUGGUGCUCUAUCCUA